GCCAUUUUGACUUCCUGCUUUCAAAGAGAAUAGUCAAGAACAGUAGUAGUAGAACCGCGUUAGUGUAUAAUUUAUUUUUAAAGGGGUUUAUUUUCUUUUUGUUUUCUCAAAAGGGGCACAAAAAACGACCCCAAGUGUUUUCCGAGCGCUUUAUUGCUUAGCUUCAGCCGGACAGUCGCAAUGCCGAGCCACCCGCUACGAGUAGCGGUUGUGUGCUCGAGCAACCAGAACCGCAGUAUGGAAGCGCACAAUAUCCUCAGCAAACGUGGAUUUGAAGUGCGUUCAUUCGGGACUGGUUCUCAUGUGAAGCUCCCAGGUCCCGCCCCAGACAAGCCUAAUGUGUACGACUUCAAAACAACAUAUGAACAGAUGUACAACGACUUGGUCCGCAAGGACAAGGAACUAUACACGCAGAAUGGAAUUCUUCACAUGCUGGACCGCAACAAGCGGAUCAAGUCCAAGCCGGAGCGCUUCCAGAGCUGUAAGGACAAGUUUGACCUGGUCAUCACGUGUGAGGAGCGAGUGUACGACCAAGUGCUCGAGGAUCUGAACUCACGGGAGCAGGAGACCCUGCAGCCCGUCCACGUCAUCAAUGUAGACAUUCAGGACAACCAUGAGGAAGCCACGCUGGGCGCCUUCCUCAUCUGCGAGCUGUGUCAAUGUAUUCAACACACGGACGACAUGGAAAAUGAAAUCGAUGAACUCCUGCAAGAGUUUGAGGACAAGAGCAGUAGAGCUUUCCUUCACACAGUCUGCUUCUACUGAACCGCUGCAAUAAGCACAUGCAAGGCACCAACUACAAAUAACAUUACGGUCGCAUUACGGGCUUUGUGUUCAUUGAAACACGUGUGCAGGACCUGACGAAAAGAUAGCUCCGCAUUAUGUGGUCGGCCUCCAUGAAGAGCGUCGACUCGCUGCUGCUCUUGCCUUUAUUCUUCUUGGUCAAGGUCAAGCGAAGGUCAGCCACGCCUCCUCAGGGAGUGCUAUAAUGCCCCAGUCCCACCAGUUUAUUCAGUGCACCUCGUCGAGAAUUAUGUACCCAGACCUGACCUGACCCAUCCUAGGUGAUCUAUUGUUUAGUCAUUUGUUCAAUCUCGUCUCAUAUUUUUAUUCAGAACCUGAAACCUGUAGAUGUAUAUUAUUGAGCCAGGAGGAAGAAUGAUGAAUAGGAUGCUUUUGUUUGGUUUUGUCUUAGAUGAGUUAAGUUAAAUGGUCGAGAUUGUGAUAACCAAACUUUUACCUCCCUGAGGUAACGUGUGUUGACUUGAUACUCAGACUCUGAUAUGAUGUCUUUCAGGGCAGUUUUUUUUUUUUUUGUAUGUUUAAAAAUAAUUGUCAGUUCAGUGCCUGAUUUGUACAUAGAAAUAUACUAAAGACUCUAAAGACCAUGUGUG